UGCUUCUGCCUCCCCUUCUUGAAAGCCUGAAAGUAAUAAAUAUAGGCUUCACAAAUAACCAGCCCACAGGAGCAAUCUAUGCAGGAACGUUCUUCACCAGGCCUCUGUAUCCUCUGAGGAGGGCUGCACCUUUUCCACCAUAUUUGGUAGUCCCUAUUCAACAUGCGGGCCCAGGCCCCUACUGGACAAGCCUGUAUCAUCACCUGAUGUUUUGACCCUUAAAGAGCAGGGUACAGAAAUGUGCACAGAAAUGCAUACAUGUAUAGGAGAGGGAGAGGGAAGAUAUGAUUUGUGAGGAGAAUAUACGAUUUCCUUUUUUCAGGAGGUAAUGAAUGACCUUUGAGGAGCUGGUGGUGCAUUUCACUGAGGGGGAAUUGCUGUAUCCAGACCCAAGAGCUCUGCACGAGGAAGUGACGGUAGAGAGUUUCGGCAACAUGGCCUCCCUGGGUGAUAGAAAGGACCAUGAGGACAAUAUGAGACCGUUUGGGCUAUUUUUGGAAGCGACCAAUGAUGAAGCAGCAGAAAAGUCCUCUGGGAAACAAAAUGGAUCAACGAGGCGGGAGAUAAACCAAAGGGACUUCCAUGAAAUUCCAGGCCAGCACGCAUAUUACAAAGGUGGUGGAAGAAAUAAGUCCCGUGUUUCUACAGAGACCAGCCAUAAACCAAGCUUUAAAAUAAAUCACCGAAUUCACACAGCAGAGAAAACAGACAGAUGCUUGACAUAUGGAAAGGGCAUCAUUCAAAACACACAGUCCCCCUUGCAUCAAAGAGCUCAGAGAGCAGAGAAUGCUGGGAGUCAGGGUGGAUCAAAGGCACAGGAUGUUAACCAAACAAAGAAUAAGAGGAACACAUCUGAUGCUUGUCAGGAUGGGAACUUGCAUGUCAUUCCCACUGAAGAAGAAAAAACAGAUGGAAAGAGGAGGAGUAAGUGCCAAAUAUGUGGAAAUACCUUCAGUCAUAAAUCAAGCCUUAAGAGACAUCAAAAUAUCCACACAAGAGAGAGACCAUACAAAUGCGAAGAUUGUGGUGACAGCUUUAAUCAAGAAGCAGACCUUGUUAGACAUCAAACUGUUCACACUGGAAAGAACCCAUAUAAGUGCUUGGAAUGUGGAAAGAGCUUCAGCCGUACUGGAAAACUAAUUGUACAUCAAAGAACCCACACAGGAGAGAAACCAUAUGAAUGCUUGGAAUGUGGCAAGAGCUUCCAUGUGAAAUCAUCUCUUACUAAGCAUCAGAAAAUUCACACAGGAGAGAAACCAUAUGAAUGCUUGGAAUGUGGAAAGAGCUUCCGAACAAGUGAAAAACGUACUGUGCAUCAAAGAACUCACACUGGAGAAAAACCAUAUAUAUGCUUGGAAUGUGGAAAGAGCUACCAUGAGAAAUCAGCUCUUACUAAGCAUCAGAGAAUUCAUGCAGGAGAGAAACCAUAUCAAUGCUUGGAAUGUGGAAAGAGCUUCAGAACAAGUGAAAAACGUACUGUGCAUCAAAGAACUCACACUGGAGAAAAACCAUAUAUAUGCUUGGAGUGCGGGAAAAGUUUUUGUGAUAGUUCAGGCCUUAAGUCACAUACAAAGAUCCACACAGGGGAAAAAUCAUAUAAAUGCUUGGAAUGUGGAAAGAGCUUCAGUCACAGCACAAGCCUCACUUCACACCAAAAAAUCCACACAGGCGAAAAAUCAUAUAACUGCCUGGAAUGUGGAAAGACAUUCAGUCACAGCUCAAGCCUCACUUCACACCAAAAAAUCCACACAGGCGAAAAAUCAUUUAACUGCCUGGAAUGUGGAAAGACUUUCAGUCACAGCUCAAGCCUCACUUCACACCAAAGAAUCCACACAGGGGAGAAGCCAUAUAAAUGCUUGGAAUGUGGAAAGAGAUUUAGUCAGGGUUCACAUCUGAUUUCACAUAAAAGGAUACACACAGGUGAUAAACCAUAUAAGUGUUUGGAGUGUGGAAAAAGCUUCACCCAGAGCUCACAUCUUAAGGAGCAUAAGAAAAAGCAUACUGGGGAGAAACCGUAUAAAUGCUCAGAUUGUGGAAAGUGUUUCCGUUUGAGCACAUGUCUUACUUUACAUCUAAGAACUCACACUGGAGAGAAACCAUAUAAAUGCUUUGAGUGUGGCAAGAGUUUCAGUCAGAGCUCAGCCCUUUCUACACAUGAAAGACUCCACACAGGGAUGAAACCAUAUAAAUGCUUUGAGUGUGGCAAGAGCUUUAAUUGUAGCUCAGACCUUGUGACACAUCACGGUAUCCACACAGGAGAGAAACGAUAUAAAUGCUUGGAGUGUGGGAAAAGCUUCAGUCACAAUAGGAGCCUGAUUUCACACCAAAGGAUUCACACAGGAGUGAAACCAUAGAAAUGCUUGUAGUGUGGAAAAUGCUUACACUAUGGUAAAAACUUUCACGAUGCAUCCGACUUUCCUAGACAUUAAUGAAUCUACAGAGAUAGAGUGAAACUGUAUAGAAACCAAUCACUGCUUUCUAGGGGAAAAAACAAGUUAUUGCUGAAUUCACAAGGUGAACACUAAAGUCAUAUCUCUAUUUGUUGCAGUCCCUGCAUGAUAAGCUUGGUCUCAUUUAUUCUGCUGCUGUAUACGUUGUUCUAAUAAUAACUCCAUAAAGGUGGUUAAAAAAUG